AUGUGCUUCACGUUUGACCCUUUUUCUACUAGUGUCUUGGUGCACCACUGUUAGCUUUGUCCCUAUAUCUGGUCCAAUUCCCCGCUGAGCAGCCUUGCGCCAUGCUGUUUUCACUACUUCCUCAACAGUCUCCUCUGCCAGCCACCUCGCCUCAAAUUUCCUCCCAUAGGAAGGUCGUUGUUCUGCAAUUCCAGCCAGGUGAUAUGUAUCCAGGCAGAUCGGUUGGUGAUCUGAUUUUCCUAAUUCCAGGUUGCAAAGACCAGCCAAAGGAUGGAGCUGCAUCCAUCCAGCAUUCGUCACUGCCCGAUCGAGUCUUUCCCGCAACCCUCCACGGAACCACGUGAAUAUGUCUCCCUCAUAACCCAAGUCUUCAAGGGAGCAGUCAGACAAGGCGUCCUGAAAAGCUUGUAGACGGGAUUGAUGUCGAGGGGCCCCACCAUCUUUCUCUGAUGAGAAUAGAAUCUCGUUAAAGUCGCCAAUUACUAUCCACGGCAACCUGGAUUGGGCAUGAAGAUCCCGUAGUAAUUGAUACGUACGGUUUUUGUUAUCCCAACUUGGUUCACCGUAUAUUCCAGUUAACCUCCACAUGUCUCCAUUAUCCUCUUCCACAGAGACAUCGAUGAAAUCCAAGGUAGCAGCCCGGGAGUAGAUCCUCACCUUCUUCUUCCAAACUAGUAGCAAAUCACCCUUUUUUCCAUCUAGACUAGGAACCACAAUCCUGUGAUCCAUACGUAAUUUUUUCAUUAAACUUUCUGCCCUUGAUUCAUCCAAAUGAGUCUCAGACAGAAAAAAAUGCAUCUGGUUCAUGUCGCCUCUGUAUAUCCAGAAGUGAACGAAUCGUCGGGGCACCAAGAAUACCCCGACAGUUCCAGCUGACCAAUUUCAUUGCUCCCGUCCAUCGGGACGACGAGAAAAAACGCACGGUCGACAGUAGCCGCCGGAGGACAGCAAACCCUAGCUUAUUGCUAGGGGACGAAGAAAACAGAUCCGAUCAAAACCUAUACUUGCACGUACAGAUCACGCUUGCACUUGCACGUACAGAUCAGGUCUCAAGUAAGCAAUCAGUGCAAAGACCAGCAUCAAUCCUAGCGGAAGAGCAUGCAGCCGACCUGCCUAAGCAAACCCGGCUGGAAAGGCGACGACACCUGCCGCGAAGCAAUUUCACGUAGGGAUCAGACAAAGUACAGACGAACUGACGAGCAGGACGGCUGGAAUAGAAGACGACACAGCUACCGCAUGGCGGAGAGGUCGGACAGAGCUGCGGCGUCGCCGCCGCCGAAGUGGCGGCGGGCGGCGGCCGCAGACCUAGAUCGCUUAGUCAGGGACGAGAACGCCGCCAACGAUACACCGGUACGCAGUAGCUAGCAGCAGGUUUGCACCCGGACUCGGAGUCCACGCCGUUUCCAAACCGGAUCCCAAUCCAACCGACUCAGGCGCCCGGCCACAUCUAUAAAUAAUCUCCCCAGCCCCAGCUUUCACCUAAAGCGAUCGAUCUACCACGAGACUUCCUGCCGCCGCCGCCGCCGCAGCCGAGAUGACGACCUCUGUAGUCCCCUUCAACCGGCUGGUGAGGCUAGCCGCGCGUGCUUUCUACGACGAUCUCCCCGCCCCCGCCGGCGGCGGCCAGCAGCACGCGCAGGGCACGGCCGUCGUCGUCCUGGACGCCCUCGCCAGACGGGAUGGGCAGUGGGUCCGCGAGGACGACCUCGCCGCGUCUCUAAGGAUGCAGCCCAAGCCGCUCCGCCGCGUGCUCCGCUACCUCGAGGAGGACAAGAUAGUGUUGAGGGACCACCGCAAGGAGCCGGCGCCGGCCAAGCCAGCCGCCGCCGCUGGUGUCGCCGAGGAGGGCGACGAGAAGGAGAGGGUGAAGCUGCACGUCAAGUCCUACUGCUGCCUGGACUACGCGCAGGCCUGCGACGCCGUCCGGUACCGGCUGCACCGCAUGAGGAAGAAGAUCCGGGACGAGCUGACGGCGGACAGCAGGGCCACGGUCCAGCACUACCUGUGCCCCGACUGCGGGAGGCGGUACUCGGCGCUCGACGCCCUCAGGCUCCUCGCCGAGGACUUCCAGAGCUUCCGCUGCGAGCACUGCAGCGGCGAGCUGGUUGUGGAGAAGGCUGCCACGAUCGCGACCGACGAGGCCGGGGACGGUGGCGACGAUGGCAGCCGCGCACGGAAGCGUAGGCGGCUUGAGAAGUUGCAGGACAUGCAGCGGAGGAUGGAGGAGCAGCUGGAGCCGUUGCAGGCGCAGAUCCAGAGGGUGGAGGGCCUGCCUGCUCCAGAGUUCAUGAGCCUGCGGUCAUGGCAGAAAGAAAACAAUGUCGCUGCAGCGGCUGCAGCUCCAUGUCGCCAGGACCCGGAGGUUGAACUUGGAGUGCUAUUGCACGAUGCAGAUCAGUCUGGCACGGUCAGUGAUUCAGCACCGAAGGUCUUUCCUCCAUGGAUGGUAAAACUAGGCAUGGAUCAGACCGGUGGGAAGGCAAGAUUGGAAGGAAAGUCGGAAGAAGGCGAGGACGAUAAAAAGAUGAACUCGAACGAAGAAGAAGAAAAACAGCGUAUACUGCUGGAACAGGAAUACGCCAAGGCUUAUUAUGAAGCCCUUCUGAAACAGCAGCAGCUGGGCGCGAAUGUCAAACACGAGGAGGAACAGCAGCUGGGCACAAAUGUCAAACACGAGGACGAUCAAGACGUGGAGGAAGAAGCUGGGAUCGAGUGGGAAGAUGGCGAUGCUGGGAUCGAGUGGGAAGAUGGCGAAAACUAAAAGACAGUAGUGGCAACAUGAGAAACAGAUUUGCUGUAUAUUUUUAUGUCGCCUAUUUUUUUCUACGACAAUCUGGUUAAUUGUUAGGGAAACGUUCCCACCCGGUGCGCCGGCCGAACUUUCGGCCGGCUCAUGCGCCACGUUGGAUCCUAUGAGCCAGCCACGUCCACUCCCCACGCGUCAUUUAUGGGUCCAGCAAACCGCAUCCAUCUUCCUCCUCCCUUAUCCCUUUCAUUCAAUUUUCCUCGAAAUCAAACAGGACCUGCUCUGCUCCGACGACGUCCGCCUCCAUCUGCCCCACGCAUUUCCGGCGAGCGGCCGCAUCCACCUCGCGCUGCGCUGAUCCGGCGCCCUCCUCGCCUCCACCUGCCAUGUGCUGCUCUGACGAGGGGCUGCAUCUACCUACCUCCACAUUUCUCCAGCCUUUUGACCUGCCCCACGCUGCUCCGGCGAGCGCCUCGCCCUCGACCUGUCGCCAUGCCGCUCUGGCGAGCGUCGUCGUGCUCCACCCGUGCGGGAACGACGAGUAUGUUGUGCACGAGCGGACGAGAUGCUGGAAUCGGUGUCGGCGGGAGCUUCAAUCGGUGGUAUUUUUUUGCUACAUCUGGCUUCUUGUUUUGCUGGAAUCAGCAGUAUUUUUUGCUAGGAUCCAUCUUAUUUGAGUGCCUUUUGCUGCAACCAGUCCAAAACUUUGCUACCAUCAUUUUGUUUUUUGCUACUACCGUUGCAGACCGCCUUUUGAUAUUUUUCUGCUUAAUUAGAUCCAUCUUUUUUGCUAGAACCACUCUAGCCUUUUGUUACCAUGGUCUUUGAAAUUUGCUUCUGCCGUCUUAAUUUUAGCUACCACCCUGUUUUUGACUUUUUGUUGGAUCCAUCUUUUUUGCUGGAACCAUUCUUGCUUUUUGUUACCAUGGUCUUUGAAGUUUGCUUCUGCCGUCUUAGUUUCUGCUACCACCCUGUUUUUGACUUUUUGUUGGAUCCAUCUUUUUUGCUGGAACCACUCUAGCCUUUUGUUACAUUGUCUUUGAAAUUUGCUUCUGCCGUCUUAGUUUUUGCUACCACCCUAUUUUUGACUUUUUGUUGGAUCCAUCUUAUUUUUUGCUAGAACCACUUUAAGUUUUGCUACCAUGGUCUUUGUAUUUUGCUACCACCUUCUUUUGUUUUUGCUACUACCCCAUCAAAAGUGAUGGAAUUUGGGAGCGGCCAUGACGCAAGCGCAAAAGCUGGAAUCGUGCAUGAAAAAAGCUCCAACCGUUGUGUGAAAAAGCUUCAACCAUGGAAAAGCUUCAACCAUGGCAUGGUGGCUCCCGGCAACACCAGGAGCUCCAGUCGACGGCAUGGCGGUGCUACGACGGCGACGACUAAGAUGGACGGCGGCCAGCAGCGAGGACGGCGACCGACGGCGAUAUGGACGGCGACCGGUGACCGGGGGGGCGAGGACGGCGACCGGCGGUGAGCUGGUGAUGCUUCAAGGUCAGCCCUCGGAGAGUCCAUGGCAGGGUGUCCAGCACGAAUAGCUGUUUUUGGAUUGGACGUGAUUUUCUAUUGAGAAAAAAACGAUUCAAAGACUGAUCUGACGGUGUGCAAAAAACAAUCUAACGUUCCAGAUAUGACCGGCCCAACAAUUGGGCCGGCGCACCGGCGCAGAUUACUGCCCUAAUUGUUAUGGUAGAAACGUGAGAAAAAACUAUAUAUAUCGCCCCUCGUGAGCACAAUUGCUGGCUGCCAUGUCCAUUUCCUUUUUCCUUUUCUGGUUAUUGCUGGUUUCUCUUCUCGGUUUUUUACCUUGUUUUUUUUUCUGGUUGCUGUUUCAUUUUUCUUUUCAUAAGUUUUGGUUUUUUUAAUUUGCUAGUGUAGACCGGGUCAUCGCAUGCGAAG